UGGACAACCAACUCUACUCCCAUCCUCUUUUCAAAGCAAAGACCGAGCUUCUUUCGACUGACGAGCGCGUCGCCAUAACUUAUCAACGAGCCAAGCUCGUUAUGCAGACAUACCGACUCACCGCCCAGGACGUGCAAUUUUGUUCCCCGAGGUUUUGGACGAUGAUGACUGAUCCUAUCUGCUCACUGGACAUCGCCAUGUUCACCAUCUUGGCGGCCCACGUUGGCCUCACCAUCGGAACCCUGUCGCGUCACCUGAAGAAUCGGCCUGACCUGAAGCCCUUGGUGCAGCGGCUGCUGCGUUUCGAUACCGUCGGGAUCUACCUUCUGACUGAACGGGGGCAUGGUCUCGACGCCUUCAACAUCGAGACGACCGCCACGAAAACGUCUGAUGGCUAUAUUCUCCACACUCCACGCGAGGAAGCAGCCAAGUUUAUGCCAGCUUCCACUCCGUCAUUCAACAUACCGAAGGUGGCUCUAGUCAUGGCGCGUUUGAUCGUCCACGGCAAAGACCACGGCUCACGCUUCUUCAUCGUCCCAAUCUGCGAUGAGCGCGAAAUGUACAAAGGCGUCCAUUCAGUGCGGCUUCCCCCUCGAAGCGGCACCAAUCCUCUUGAUUUCUCCAUUACGACCUUUGAUCACGUCCACCUUCCCCCCACGGCCUUGGUUGCGUCCAAUAUUUUCGAUGUUGCCAAACCCUCGCGUCCGCUGGAAGCUUGGUGGGAUGAGAUAUGGCGUAUCCAGCUUGGUACCAUGGCCGUUCCCGCUCCAUGGAUCUCAGCUAUCAAAUCCGUCGCGUACAUAGGAGGACGCUACUCUAUGCACCGGUCUCUUCUCGGCAAAGGCAGUUCUCCCACGCCGAUUAUCACCUUCCGUACGCAGCAAUGGCCCAUCGCACACGCCACCGCGGUAGGCCUGGUACUGGGCAACUGGUUCCCGCUCGCCAUCCGGCAGGCGAUGGAAGGAAGCCGCGACCAUCGCGUGCGCCACGCCAUGUCGGUCAUCAUCAAGACCACCGUCUGCCGACACUUCCAGCGGUGUGUAGCCGAAGUUGCUGAACGUUGCGGAGCCCAAGGGACCUUUGAGCAUAACUACAUGGCGAAGACCGAAGACGACGGAAAGGGAGUGAUUAUUGCGGAGGGCGACGUCCUCACCUUGUGCAUCCGCCUUUUCUCGGAGUUACUUCAACAUCACUUUGAAGUCCCCCUCCCCGAUCCAUCUGAAUCGCUUCUCGCACGGCAUGCCGCGUCGCUUCUGCUGGAGAAUCACGAUCUCUUUGCGUCAAUGAAAUGCGAACAUCGCAGCGAAGAGUUCAACUCGUUCAUCUUACCCCAGUCCCAACCCGUCGUCGAGGCAAUGGGCCAUGCGCUCGCCUACUCAGCCGGGCUCAAGGCUGGGCUCCCGCAACCUGUUCUCGACGUGUACGAGUGCGCCGUCAUCCGACAAGACCCCGCUUGGUACUCAGAGGAGGCGCGCCUUACGCGGAUGGCACAGCGCAGGCGUGAGGACGCGGCGCUCUCCUCUUUCAUGCCUCAUCUUGAGACGUUCCUCGAGCGGCUGGACAUUGCUAAAUAUGUCUCUGCCCCGAUUGUUUCUGACAAGUCGUGGAAGCAAUAUGUGGAAGCGCUGCCUGUGUUCUCGGGCGCCGCUCAUCCGCAGGUGGAGCCUUUACAGGCCGUUUUAUAGC